GAAUAAUAUUGCACAAUAUUUUACAAGAAAGUAAAAAUGACGUACAAAGAGAUCAUAUAGGGUUUUUUAUUGCUUAAAAAUUACGUACAUAUUCUAUUGGUUAUAUCAGUCGAUCGAAGUCUGUCCGUGAGUACAGUUCAAUUGUAACGAAAUGUUUGGUUGUUGUUGGUGUUGUUCAGCUUUGCGUCCACGAUAUAAAAGACUUGUCGAUAAUAUUUUUCCAGUAAAUCCUCAAGAUGGCUUAGUAAAAAAUAACAUGGAAAAACUGACCUUUUAUUCAUUAAGCAGUCCAGAAAAACUAGACAGAAUUGGAGAAUAUUUAUUUCAAAGAGCUUCCAGAGAUAUUUACAGGAGAAGAAAUGGAUUUGUGGUCAUUGCAAUGGAAGCAAUGGAUCAGCUUUUAGUAGCAUGUCAUGCUCAAACUUUAAAUUUAUUUGUUGAAAGUUUUUUAAAAAUGAUACAGAAAUUAUUGGAAUCUACAGAUCCACAAUUACAAAUAUUAGCAACACAAUCUUUUGUCCGGUUUGCCAACAUCGAGCAAGAUACGCCGUCUUAUCACACACGUUACGAUUUCUUUGUAUCAAAAUACUCUGCAAUGUGCCACUCAAACCACAAUGACCCUGCAAUUCGCAAACAGAUAAGACUUGCUGGAAUUCAGGGAUUACAAGGUGUCGUAAGAAAAACACUUUCUGAUGAUCUGGUAGAAAAUAUUUGGGAACCUGUACAUAUGGAUAAAAUUGUUCCAUCAUUAUUAUAUAAUAUGCAGAAUUCAAGAUAUUCUAGUAAAGAAGAUACAAUGCAAAAUAAUCCCACAGAACAAUCUGAUCCACCACAAUUUGCAGAAACUUGUAUGCGAGAAUUAGUUGGACGAGCAUCAUUUGGUCAUAUUAGAUGUGUUAUUAGACCUGUUCUAAGACACUUAGAUAAUCAUCAAUUAUGGGUUCCUAAUUAUUUUGCAAUUCAUACUUUUAGAAUUAUUAUGUUUUCAAUUCAGUCACAAUAUUCUUAUACAGUUGUGGAAGCAUUGAUGACUCAUCUUGAUGAUCAUUCGAAAUCGUCUCCCAAAAUUCGAACAAGUAUAGCUGAUACUUUAUCUAAAAUUAUUUCAAUUGCAGCUGGUGAAAGUGUUGGUCCUUCUGUUUUGGAAAUAAUAAAUUCUCUACUAUCUCAUCUUAGAGUUAGUGUAACAAGAAAUCAAUCUUCAAGUAAUGAUGAACAAUUAUAUCAAGAGGCACUUAUUAAUGCCCUUGGAGAAUUUGCAAAUCAUCUUCCAGAUUACCAAAAAAUAGAAAUUAUGAUGUUUAUAAUGAGUAAAGUUCCAUAUAGUCAACCAGAUCGUAUAGUUUCAGUUGGUAAAGGAGAUGUAUUACUUCAAAGUAUUCUUCUAAAAUCUCUUUUAAAAGUUGGCACAAAAUAUCAAACUAUACAUUUAAAUACAACAUUUCCACCAAGUUUUUUGGAGCCAUUAUUAAGAAUGUCAUUGGCAGCAGAUGCUGAAAUGCGACUUUUAGUACAAAAAAUCUUUCAUACUUUAAUCGAUAGGCAUCAAAAUAUUACAAAACUCGCAAAACCUACGGUAAAUGUUGCACAACUUGAUCUUACCAUUGAAAAAGCAUCCAGGCCAGACGUGAUCUUUAUUCGUAAACAUGGCCCUGAAAUCUAUUUAGCAUUAUACGAAUCAUUAGAAUUGGCAAGUAACAAAGUUGAAAACGUGGAAUCUAUAUAUACAACAUUGGCAUUACUUGCCGUAGAAUUGGCUUCAGAAGAAACAGUAUUAGAAUUACUAAGAUUAGUACUGAGUCUUCAGGAUUUAUCUUUAACAAGUGGCCAAAUCAGUAUUUCGUUGAAAUUUAAUUUGCACGCUAUUGUCAUAAGUUUGCUUGUAUUAAUAUCUUAUGUUUGUAAUAUUACUUCACUUAUGGAUUACGCAAAUAAAAUUAUAGAAAUGCGAAAGGAAGCAUCUCAUCUUUUACCUGAUUUACAAUCUCAGUAUGAUAUUGGCUUAUCUUCUAGAUUAUCACCCGUUCUAUUAGUCGAUCAAACCGUUUUAAGUGAAUGUUUAAAAGGAGCUGGUCUUGACAGCGGAAAAUUGCAACAAGGAUCUGGUUAUAAUAGUAUUUCAUUACAACAUCGGCAUUCAUGGGUCGAUAGCGGAAGAAAUUCAUUAGGCGAUAUUAAUUCUGGUGCCGCGGAAUUAGAUAGUGGUGGUUCAUCUCCUGGUGUUCAAAAAAAAUUGCCAGGAGAAGAGUUAACUUUUGAAAGUAUGAAACGAAUUCUAACUGAAAAUAACAAUAAUCAUGUAAUGGAAGAAGAAAAACGAUUACAGUUAUCGCAUUUUUUUAGAAACGCACCAUUUCAAGAUUUGGUAUCAAAAACACAACCAAAGCAUGAUGUUUUACAAAGUAAACUAUCAGAAAUAUUUAACACAUUAUCUGUUGAUCCACGAAAUUCAAAUCAACCAGGACCACCAACAGAUACGAAACCAAAUCAAGCUCCAGCUUAUGAAAUACAUUUCCCAGAGUUGUUUGUUUAUUAAAAUAAUUUUUCUUUAUUAUGAUAUUUUUAUUAAGUUGGACUUUAUA